UCAAUUUCUCCUCUCUUUCAAUGUUGAUAAGCGCUGCCACCUUCUCAACAACCAAAUAUGAAGCUUAUCUUAUGAUGGUCCAUGAACUACCAAGAAUCUUUGUCCAAGGACCAUCCAAAAUUUACUAAAGAUAUUGAACCCUCAGGGUUCUCCCAAACACUUCAAGAAGCCAUGGCUUCCAUCCCAAACGAGCACAGCUCUAAUUCCAUUGAACAAAGCAGUGAGCUAUCAGUCAUCAGGCCUGAACCAGUUUUCUCUGUGCUGAACACUCCUGAUCCUCCUUCUCCAUGGAAAGAGCUCGCUUCCUCAAUGAAAGAGAAAGUGCUUACUCGAGGAAAGCAAUCCUCUUCACUGCUGCAUUUCACACUAUCAGGUUUGCAGGGCCUUUUUCCUGUCCUUAGCUGGGGAAGAAACUAUGAUCUGAAAUCAUUUCGAAGCGAUAUAAUGGCAGGACUUACUCUUGCAAGCCUUGGCAUUCCACAGAGCAUAGGAUAUGCCAACUUGGCUAAGCUUGAGCCUCAAUAUGGCCUCUAUACAAAUUUAGUUCCACCUCUGAUAUAUGCUGUUAUGGGAAGUUCAAGAGAAAUUGCCAUUGGACCAGUGGCUGUUAUCUCGCUUCUUGUUUCCUCCAUGUGUCAGAAGAUUGUUGAUCCAUCAGUUGAUCCAACUGGCUACAAGAAGAUAGUGUUCACUGUAACAUUCUUUACAGGAAUAUUUCAAGCUUCUUUUGGCUUUCUCAGGCUGGGUUUCCUAGUGGAUUUCCUCUCUCAUGCUGCAAUUGUGGGGUUCAUGGGCGGUGCAGCCAUUGUGAUAGGUCUUCAGCAGCUGAAGGGACUUCUAGGCUUAACUCACUUCACAAAUAAAACAGAUUUAGUUUCUGUCAUCAAGGCUGUUUGGCUUGGCCUUCAUCAAUCUUGGCAUCCAGAUAAUUUCUUCCUUGGCUGUUCCUUCCUUAUAUUCAUCUUGGUCACAAGAUUCUUAGGCAGAAGGAAUUUGAAGCUAUUUUGGUUGUCAGCCAUUGCUCCUUUGCUUUCUGUAAUUUUAUCAACUGUAAUAGUUUUCCUGACCAGAGCAGAUAAGCAUGGACUGAAAAUCAUAAAAGAAGUUAAAAGUGGUUUGAAUCCGAGUUCAGUUAAGCUAUUGCAGUUUACAGGACCAUAUGUUGGAGAAUCGGCAAAGAUUGGAGUAAUUUGUGCAGUCAUAGCUCUUACGGAGGCUGUGGCUGUUGGCAGGUCUUUCGCUUCAGUGAGGGGCUACCAGCUUGAUGGUAACAAGGAAAUGGUUUCUAUGGGCUUUAUGAAUAUUAUUGGAUCUCUGUCAUCUUGCUACGUUGCAACAGGCUCUUUCUCUCGAACUGCUGUAAACUUCAUUGCUGGAUGCAAAUCGCCAGUGUCCAAUAUCAUCAUGGCCAUCACAGUGUUCUUAACCUUAGAGUUUCUGACGAGGCUUUUAUACUACACUCCCCUUGCAGUAUUGGCAUCGAUCAUCCUCUCAGCUCUUCCAGGACUGAUUGAUGUCAGAGAAGCUUGGAGCAUAUGGAAGGUUGACAAAAUGGACUUCCUUGCCUGCAUAGGAGCUUUCCUCGGUGUUUUAUUUGGAUCAGUGGAAAUUGGUCUUAUGGUUGCGCUAACCAUAUCCUUUGCAAGGAUCAUAUUGAGUUCGAUUCGUCCAAGAAUUGAAACCCUAGGAAGAAUUCAAGGCACAGACAUCUUUUGCAGCAAAAGACAGCAUCCGGUUGUUUCUUUGGAGCCAGGACUUAUGAUAGUUCAUAUUGGUACAUCCUUCCUUUGCUUCAUGAAUGCUAACUUCACCAAAGAAAGGAUCUUAACAUAUGUGAUGGAAGAUGAGGAAUUACAAGAGGAGAAUAAUGAAGGGAAAAUCCUAUAUAUGGUUAUUGAUAUGUCAAAUGUGAUGAAUAUAGACUCAUCUGGAAUCGCAGCAGUGGAAGAAAUGCAUAGCAAGCUUGAAUCUUUUGGCAUACAGAUGGCAAUAGUCAAUCCUGGAUGGCAAGUGAUUUACAAGAUGAAGCUGGCUAGGCUUGUGGAGAGGAUUGGAGUUUCAUGGAUAUUUCUUAGUGUGGGUGAAGCUGUAGAAGCAUGUCUUAGCUACAAGGAAGAUAACAUUUGUGCUUGAUUAGAACCUCCUGAAAACCAGUCUUGUGGUGCAUGGAAAAUUU